AUGAGGUCCUUACCCAACCGUCGGAAGCCAUGGAGGCAGUUUGGAUGUCUUUUCCUGGGCUUCCUGACUGCUUCCUGGAGCUCCUGCGCAGUUCGCAGUCCACCGGCAUGGUGGAAAGAGGGGCAUCCGCGGAAGCGGCCGGGAAGCGUCGCAGAGGCCGAGCUUCUAUCGCACCUGGCGGUGCUUCUGCUGCCGGAGGAGCCCAUCGGGGAGCUCUUCCGAGACGUUCCUGUCAGGCAGCCAGGGAGCUGGGGCAAGAGGCCCUUGAGCCCAGACCUCUCAGUCUAUGGGGUCCUGAAGAAGAAGGACGCUGCUUUGUUCUUGGAGUAUGACGGCUACUACCGACACCAUACACCAGAAGGCAUCAUCGCCGAUAUUCGUAAGAGCGAGGCACUGUUGCAGCAAGCUCCGAAGGGAUCUCAAGUGCUACGCAUAUCCCAUGCCUGCCGAGGAUGGGAGCUCACUUGUGAGACACGCGAAAUUGUUGUGGAUCGGUGGCAGCCGGGACGUCCCAAGGCGCUUGCGAAGGCGAUUCGCCAGAUCGUCCAGUUCGUAAGUGAAAAUAUGGGCAGCAUGCUGCGCACCAGUGUGAGGGUAAAGUUGCGAGACUUCUUGGAUAGGCCUACACACGGCUUGUGCACGACCGCUGUUGAAUUUAUGCGGAGGGCGGCUGCCACGGAUAAUGGCGACCCAUCGCAACUGCAUGAAUUUCUACAAGAGCAGCUUAACAUGACAGUGACGCAGUCCGUGAACUUAUUGGAAAGACACACCGCCGUGAAACGUUGCAGCGUUGAAAGCAACUGCCGACCCAUCGUGCAGUGGCUUCGAGACCUGGGCCUGAACAGAGCUGAGAUUGCCAAAGUUAUCGGUCGAUGUCCACAGGUGCUAGGUUGCAGCAUCGAGGAGUAUUUGAAGCCGACGGUCCAGUGGCUUCGAGACCUGGGUUUGAAGAAGGCUGAGAUUGCGAAAGUGAUCGGUCGAUUUCCACAGGUUCUUGGUUGCCGCAUCGAAGAGAAUUUGAAGCCGAAGGUCAAGUGGCUUCGAGACCUUGGCCUGACCAGAGCUGAGAUUGCCAAAGUUAUCGGUCGAUCUCCACAGGUUCUAAGCUACAGCAUCGAGGAGAAUUUGAAGCCCACGGUCCAGUGGCUUCGAGACCUUGGCCUGAACAGAGCUGAGAUUGCCAAAGUGAUCGGUCGACAUCCCCAGCUGCUAGGUUGCAGCAUUGAAGAGAAUUUGAAGACAACAGUCCAGUGGCUUCGAGACCUGGGCCUGACCAGAGCUGAGAUAGCCAAAGUUAUCGGUCGAUGUCCACAGGUUCUAAGCUACAGCAUCGAGGAGAAUUUGAAGCCCACGGUCCAGUGGCUUCGAGACCUUGGCCUGAACAGAGCUGGGAUUGCCAAAGUUAUCGGUCGAUCUCCACAGGUUCUAAGCUACAGCAUCGAGGAGAAUUUGAAGCCCACGGUCCAGUGGCUUCGAGACCUUGGCCUGAACAGAGCUGGGAUUGCCAAAGUGAUCGGUCGACAUCCCCAGCUGCUAGGUUGCAGCAUUGAAGAGAAUUUGAAGACAACAGUCCAGUGGCUUCGAGACCUGGGCCUGACCAGAGCUGAGAUAGCCAAAGUUAUCGGUCCAUGUCCACAGGUUCUAAGCUACAGCAUCGGGGAGAAUUUGAAGCCGACGGUCCAGUGGCUUCGAGACCUGGGUUUGAAGAAGGCUGAGAUUGCCAAAGUGAUCGGUCGAUUUCCACAGGUUCUUGGUUGCCGCAUCGAAGAGAAUUUGAAGCCGAAGGUCAAGUGGCUUCGAGACCUUGGCCUGACCAGAGCUGAGAUUGCCAAAGUUAUCGGUCGAUCUCCACAGGUUCUAGGCUACAGCAUCGAGGAGAAUUUGAAGCCCACGGUCCAGUGGCUUCGAGACCUUGGCCUGAACAGAGCUGAGAUUGCCAAAGUGAUCGGUCGACAUCCCCAGCUGCUAGGUUGCAGCAUUGAAGAGAAUUUGAAGACAACAGUCCAGUGGCUUCGAGACCUGGGCCUGACCAGAGCUGAGAUAGCCAAAGUUAUCGGUCGAUGUCCACAGGUUCUAAGCUACAGCAUCGGGGAGAAUUUGAAGCCGACGGUCCAGUGGCUUCGAGACCUGGGUUUGAAGAAGGCUGAGAUUGCCAAAGUGAUCGGUCGAUUUCCACAGGUUCUAAGCUACAGCAUCGAGGAGAAUUUGAAGCCCACGGUCCAGUGGCUUCGAGACCUUGGCCUGAACAGAGCUGAGAUUGCCAAAGUGAUCGGUCGACAUCCCCAGCUGCUAGGUUGCAGCAUUGAAGAGAAUUUGAAGACAACAGUCCAGUGGCUUCGAGACCUGGGCCUGACCAGAGCUGAGAUAGCCAAAGUUAUCGGUCGAUCUCCACAGGUUCUAAGCUACAGCAUCGGGGAGAAUUUGAAGCCGACGGUCCAGUGGCUUCGAGACCUGGGUUUGAAGAAGGCUGAGAUUGCCAAAGCUAUCGGUCGAUGUCCACAGGUUCUAAGCUACAGCAUCGGGGAGAAUUUGAAGCCGACGGUCCAGUGGCUUCGAGACCUGGGUUUGAAGAAGGCUGAGAUUGCCAAAGUGAUCGGUCGAUAUCCACAGGUGCUAAGUUGCAGCAUCGAGGAGAACAUGAAGCCGACGGUCAAGUGGCUUCACGACUUAGGCAUGAAUCAAACUGGGGUCGCCCGAAUGCUGGUGAACAACCCUGUCAUGCUCGGUUUGCGCGUCGAGUCCAAUCUGGCCAGGAAGGUCGUCCUCUUGCAGCAGUUUGUGAGUUUGGAGUGCCUUCCUGGACUUCUGGCGCAUUAUCCUGUAAUAUUGAACUACGGCUACGAGCGCUGGGCUUAUCGUUCGAAGGUCUUGCGUCAAUGCACCAAACCUCGGUCCUUUGCCCCAGCUCUUCAGCUGACUGAUGCCGCCUUCUUCAGACGGUAUGGUGAGCAUGUCGAAGGACUAGUUGGUCUCGAGAGCCCGAUUGCCGGAGGUGAAACAAGUUCGGUCCGAGUUCAUCUUUUCAGGCUCAACAUGAGAUUUCGAAACUCGAAGAACAACAAGACGUGA